CUGAGUGGGAUACGGGUAAAAGUUCAGGAGCAGCGAAACAUUGGCUUUGUUGGCUUGGCAAUUGCCGAAGGAGAGCUUGUUCCGCUGCUUCUGCCGCUAUGGCUGCGUUAGUGAAGAGAAUCAUCAGUACUACAAGGGCUCCCGCUGCUAUGGGUCCCUACAGCCAAGCAGUAUUGGUAGAUCGGACCAUGUACAUCGCAGGGCAGCUUGGUAUGGAUCCCUUCAGUGGGGAACUGGUUCCAGGAGGUGCAAAGGAACAAACUUACCAGGCUCUCCAAAACAUUGGGGAAAUUCUGAAAGCUGCUGGCUGUGACCCCUCUAACGUGGUAAAGACUACUGUACUGAUGACCGACAUGAAGGAUUUUAGUGAUAUUAAUGAAGUCUACAAGCAAUUUUUCAAGAGCAAUUUUCCAGCCCGAGCUGCUUAUCAGGUUGUGGCUCUUCCAAAGGAUGCCUGUGUGGAAAUUGAAGCUAUUGCCAUUUCGGGACCCCUUCAAGAUGCCUCACCAGCUAAAAUCUAACCGUUCUGAUUUCUUUUGCCAUGAUCAUUCUCACUAUCUAUAGGAUUGAGUUCUGCUACCGAUUCUUUCAAUGUUAUUCCUGAAUUGUGAAUCUGACUCAUUUAGGUGUAUUUGGAUGGGCAGAUUGACUCAGAGGCACCACUGACUGUACUAUUAAAGCUGUCUGUUUAUUCGUGGUAUAGCAAUGCCAUCAGUCUCAGUGACUUUAAGCUGUGUGCUGGCUGGCAAAUCUUGGGAGUUGAAGUUCCUACAUCUUAAAAUCAUUGAGGUUGAGAAACAUUGGAGUAUAGUAUGACUGAAAGACAUUACAAGACUAAAUGACAUUACAAGACUAAAUACGCAAGCUGCUUAAAAGCAUAUUUUGAGGGGGGGGAAGCAACAGAACUCUUCAGAUAAACUUGACAUACUGUAGAUAGAGAGUAGAUUUUCUAAAAUUUGGGAGUCAAGCUGGGUACUACAUUAAGCAGAAUUGUAUACUUUAAAACAUUAGAAGAAUAAAUCACAAUGCUGUAACACUGAUCGGUGUUGAUAA